AUGAUAUCUCUUAAUACAAAGAGUAGUAAUGAGUUCAGACAACUUAAUGAAACAGUGCCAGAGUUGUUUAGACUAUCGGCAAAGGUUCAGUUGGCAGAGACCAUUAGUUUUCUAAAUCCAAUACCAGAGGAUAGUGCACAGAUACUCAUCAGUUCGUGUCUAUCCCUGCUGCCAGCUGGUCGAAGAUAUCUCGAUGUAACACUCAACGAUGCUCAACUACAAUCAACUGUCAAUGCCAAUCCAACAGUGUCAACAUCAUUAGUUAGUAUAAGAUCACAAGAGUCUGUGAUUGCUCUGUCACACUUGUACAAAUGUUCGAAUGGAGUGAUCAACCCGGAUGAUGUUAAUGUUGUAUCGCUGUUGACAUCGUUCAUGUACUAUCUGACGUAUACGGACUUUGCCACGGCAAGUCCAUCGGACGCCGAUCACGCCACCAACUUCACUUGUUACCUGAUCGAGCAGUUGUCCAUACUGUCACACGUGACCACUGAUGCCAGACGCAUCAUUGUGCCGGCCUUCCUCGACUUCUUCCAACACAUUGUCAACACUAUGACCAAUCCAUCGUUGAUCUACGGUGCACUUCGUGCCAUGGGCAGCAAUCACCGAUUCAACUAUCAACAAGAUGAGUUGGAGCGAGUGAUCGUCUCCAUCGAGUAUCUCCUCAAUCAACUUCAAUGUUCAUCCAACCAACCCAAUCCCAAGGCCUCAACUACAUCAACAUCAUUAGCCAAGUUUAAUGUUAAGAAGUGUCUCUUGUUGAUAUGUAGAGCAUAUGAACAGAUGACCAGCCUGCCACAGGAACAGGUUGACUCAGAUACUUAUAAGAAGUUGUACAACAAUGUAUUGCCAUAUACCUCCACUUCCAACAUCCAUUACUUUGCUGACAAUGAGACGUUUAUCUCAAUCAUUAAUGUUAUGGUCAGCUGCGCGAUACAUGAUGCGUCGAUUGGAAAGGACGUAUUGGAGUUCAUUACCAGGUAUAUAACAGACAGUAAGAACUACUCGAGCGAAGAGGUACUCUCGGCACUGCAGAGACAGCAUACAGAGAAUCUGCAUUCGACCGUGCUUUCAUCGCUCGUGAAGCUCACCGACAAGUAUCCAGACAAGGUCACGCGAGUUAUCGACGUUCUCAAAGACUUUAUCAGCAACUCAUUGGUGCCCAAGCACUCAGAGGCCAUUCGUCUGGCCGCUUUUGACACGAUCUGCAAGAUACUCAAGAACGAGCAGAUGAAGGAGCAGGUGGACAUCUGUCGCCAGGUGAUCGCUUCGUUCGUCAACACUCUCCAGACGCACUACUACAAUUACACGAGCGGACAGAUGGUGUCACAGCAGGGCAUGGCCGAGUCGCAGCUGCCCCGCUCGCCAUCCUCGGUGAACAUUCAGAGCGACGCACUGUCCAACAUUAUCAGGUGUCUCGGCCGCAUCACAUGCUCGCUGAACGACCCCACCAUCACGGAUCUAAUCCGUGAGCAGCUGAUCUCGAUGGUGACGUACCCUCCUAGCAACGUUGAGAACCUGAUCCUGGAGCAGCUGACCGACAUUGCGCUGCUGGGCCAUGAGUCCAUUACCAAGGACAUCGUCGUGCUCAUCACCAACCUCUUCAAGAAGAUCUACAAGGACCCCAAUCAGGUGUUCAUCACCAACAUCACGCCAAUCGCCCUGCAACGUCUGGCCAAGGACCUCACGCAUCCCGAGCUGCGUCAAGAUCUCUGCAUGAGUGUGCUCAAGUUGUUCCAGCAGCUAGGCAAGACAAUCAAGCGCGAGGAUCUCGAGCAGAACAUCUCCUCGCCCAUCCUCAAGGGCAUGGGCUUCUUGCUGCCCACAAUCGCCGAGUUGGUCAAGCAGCCCGUAGCCGCUGGAGUCAAUCCCUCCGCUGUGUCCACAGGACUGCGCUUCGACACCAUCAACAGCGGCAACAUCAAGCUGUUCCGCUCGGUAUGGUUCUAUUGUGUGAUGUUCAAGUUCAGUGUGCCGGGAACAUGGCGUACUGAUUGGUUGGAAUGCGUCCAAGUGAUUGCUGCGCAUCUCCAUCCAUUGAUCUCGACCAAGACUCACCUGUACCUGGAGAUCAUACUGGAGCUCGAAUCGAUCAUCAAGCAGGGCUUUGAGAAGGAGUACUUUGUACAGCUGCGCACGACCCUCAAUGAGUGCCUGCCUGGUGUCAACGUGAUUAGGAACCUGACAUUCGCCCAGAUGGCCUACGUCUACGCCGUUCACACACUCGAGACAAUGCGUUUCCACGAGAGCCACUCAUUCAAGGUGAUCUUCUCCUACUUGGAGGACCAGGGAAUCGACAACUCCAACGUGAGCACAUGUAUCCGUGGCAUUGCCGACCGCGUCUUUGCCGAGUUCCUGGCGAUCUUCUCGCCAAUGUCAUUGUCAACCUGCGAGAACGAGCUGGCCUCGCAUGCCAGCUUCAUGUUGGUCAAGUUCUGCUACCCCUACGAGCCGGUCCGCAAGGCCGCCGACGAGUGGAUCUCUUCUCUUGUUGCCAAGUUCCCUGCUAUCCUCUGGAACCGCGAGUGUCUGUCAACUUUGCUCGACCUGCUCGACGUUAUUGGCCAGGCUGCACGCACCAAGCCCAUGGACAUGAUCUCAAUCAAGAUGCCAAACACUGGCGAGAUCAUUGAGUUGCCCGAUGAGACACCUGCCCGCAAGCGUCUGUUGCAGGAGGUGAUCGAGCUCGGCAACCUGUGGCUCAAGAAUGGCGCUGCCGUAGCACCAACCGAGGUGGCCGAGCAGCUCCAGGAGUACAUGCAGCGAUUCAGCCAGCUAGGUCAGAACCACAUUGGUUUCUCGCUGGCCGUGGAGAUCGGCUCGAUCGACUCGGGCAACAACACGUCCGGUGGCUCUAUCCUCUCGCCAAACAACUCGCGUCUCAACGACAAGUCGUCCUCAGCAAACAUCUCCACUCCAUCGAUCGCCAACAGCAAUGCUGCCACGUUCGUCAGCACUUUGCAGCUCAAGGCACUGUACACAGGCGAGGUCAACGGAAUGAUCAACAUGAUGAUGGCCGAUGAGAAUGAGAAUGGUGGCGACGCCGACGAGAAUGAGAAGCUGAUUGAGAUCGUUGAGGAGCUGGCCUUCUUGCGUCUGAUCGAGGAGUUUGAAAAGAUCAGAGAGUACCAUAAGGAUCGCAAGACCAUCGAUAUCAACGUGUUUAGCUCGAUCAUGUACCGCUCGUGUGCCUUUUUGAUCAAUCGUUACUCAGGCCAGAGCGUGCGUCUGAUCCACAUGGUCUGCUACACCCCCGCCAUCAUCUUCACCCAGGAGUCCAUGCAGGUUGGUAUCACCGCGUGGAAGUGGCUGCUGGCUGAGCGCCCCGACCUCACUCGCUUCAUAAUGACAUCCAUCAGCGACAUUUGGUCAUGGACAGUCAACCAGAGGAUUGGUAUCUUUUCCAACACUAAGCGCGAUGACUCUCCUCUGGCCAUCUCGGCCUCUACCACAACGUCAAUGGACGGCGUGACGCCCACACCAUCGCCCGCCGCCAACAACAAGCGCCCCACACUGCCCUCGGCAAAGGCUCUGCUGGACAAGGCCAACCACCUGCCACACAAGCUGAUGAUCAGGUUCUUGGAAGAGCGUUUCUCAAUCGUACGCUACAGCUCCAAGGAGCAGAUCGACAUCAUUGCUGGCAUGCUGCAAAAGGCCAUUUCGGACCCAAUGAUACUGAGCGUGUCACCCAAGAGUCUUGGCACACGUUUCUCCUUGCUUCUGCUGGCAAUGAGGUUUGUGCAGGGCGAGCAUAUUGGCGACCAGGCCAUGGCAAUGCUGCUACGCCAGCGUGUCUAUCAGGCAACUCUGUCCUGGUUCUACCUGCCACCCAUCUGGUACGGUCUGUCCGAGUCGAGUGGCGAGCUUGAGUCCGACACGAGGACACUGAUCGACUUCUGCAAGUGUCUCCAGACCGAGUCUUUGUUCGCGAGCUACGACAAGAGGUUCACAAUCAACUUUAGAGACAGGACUGCUACAAACGCCGACCGCAACGUCUACAACACAAUGACAGGAUCGGUGGGCACCGUCUCGUCCAUGACUCAGGCAAACGGCACACUUCGUCGUGGCUCUGAACGCGCUUCCAUCCAGCUGGCCGGUUUGGCCACACAGAAUGCUGGUGCAGCUGCCGCUGCAGGUGGUGGCAGUGUCAUUCACUCGUCGGCCAGCAUCACCAACUCGACCUCAACAUCGUUCAACAACAACAACUCAUCAUCAUUCACAGCCGACUUGCUUUCUAUCCGUAUGGACGUCAUUGGUAGUGGCAUUGGUACAAUGAGUAGCGCCAACUCAUUCUCCCUGUCCCAAUCACUGAUCGACUCGAUGAAGGCAGACAAGCAGCCAAUGUCCAACGACCUGCUGGUAGAGGAGCUGAGGAAGCAUCGCAACCUCAUCUUGCUUUUGGUUGGCAACGAGUUGGAGAGGAUGUCCGCCUGGAACAACCCCAUCAAUCGUCUGUCACAGCAGAUCCCAGAGCAACUCAAGUUCUCCUAUGACAACCUGCCCAAGUCGAUCAAGUCGACAUGGAAGGAGUACCUGGUGUCGGCAUGGAAGAUCAAUCCUCGUCUGGCCAUCCACUUUAGCACCCGAUUCCCUCAGACAAAGAUCAGACGUAUCCUCAGCGAGAUGGUGGUCAAGAACACCAAGUCCGUGCUCAACAUCCCGGAGGCCCUCCCUCUGCUAGUCACCGAGGACAAUGUCAAGUCCAACAUCCCCGAGCUCAAGUACCUGUUGUACUGGGAGACCGUCACCCCACCUGCAGCCAUCGCCUUGCUCGGCAAGUCGUACCACUCGCAUCCUUUGGUGUCGCAGUAUGCCUGUCGUGUGCUGCGCAACUUCCCUCCCGAGACCAUCAUGUUCUACAUCCCUCAGCUGGUGCAAGCGCUUCGCUAUGACAAGACUGGAUUGGUCGAGCAGUACCUGGUCAACGCGUCAAAGACCAGCGAGCUGCUGGCGCACCAGAUCAUCUGGAACGUGCAGACGUACACCGAGCCCGACCCCAACACUGGCAAAAUGAUCGACGACCCCCAGAUCCAGGAGGUGGCCAAGCGCCUGAAGGAGCGCAUCAUCUCAGAGAUGGUGCCAGGCACGUUGGAGAACUUCAAGAAGGAGUUCAACUUCUUUGAGUCAUUCACAUCGAUCAGUGGCAGUCUGCUUCAGAACAAGGACCCGACCAAGAGGAAGGGCCAGCUGAAGGAGGAGCUGCGUCGUCUGUCGUCCAACCAUGUCGACGACCCUGAGCACCCACUCUACCUGCCCACCAAUCCCAAGAACAUUGUCAUUGGUCUGGAGAUUGAGUCGGCCAUGACACUCCAGUCGGCCGCCAAGGUGCCCAUCCUUGUCAACUUCAAGGUGCUCGAGAGGAAGAUCCCCGAGGCUCAGCGUCCCCCCCAUCCCGACGUCAAAUCGCCGCCCCCCAGCGACUCGCCACCCAUCCACCACAUCUCUGCAUCGACAACCACCUCCAAGCUGCCCGAGAUGCUCAAGACCCAGUAUGCCGCACUGGCCAGCUCCUCUACCAAUCUGCGCGAGUCGUCCCGUCUGAAAAAGCAACACUCUCGUCGCGUCAUCCAGGAGCACGGCGAGAAGCCAUCCAACACCGUCCAGAUCCAAGGUUGUAUCUUCAAGUCUGGUGACGACAUCCGUCAAGACAUGCUGGCGCUGCAGGUGAUCGACCUGUUCAAGCGUAUCUUCAACAGCGUGGGCCUCGACCUCUUCCUGUUCCCCUACAAGGUCAUCGCCACCAAGCCCGGCUGUGGCAUGAUUGAGCUGUGUCCCAACACAAUGUCGCGUGACCAGAUUGGUAAGAAGGUCAACGGUACACUCUACAACUACUUCAUCUCCAAGUAUGGUCACAAGAACAGUGCUGGCUUCCAGAAUGCCAGACGCAACUUCAUCAGAAGUAUGGCCGCCUACUCAGUCGUCAGCUACAUCCUCCAGAUCAAGGAUCGUCACAAUGCCAACAUCCUCGUCGACGAAGAAGGUCACAUUAUUCACAUUGACUUUGGAUUCAUCUUUGAUAUAUCACCUGGAGGCGACUUGCUCACAUUUGAGGCAUCACCAUUCAAGAUGUCACAAGAGAUGAUUGAUAUUAUGGGUGGCAAGCCUGGUGCAGAGCAGUUCACUUGGUUCAUGGAGCAGUCGGUCAGGGCAUUCUUGGCCGCACGUCAACACAUGGACAGUAUCAUCACACUGGUGGAGCUGAUGCUCGACACCAGAUUACCAUGUUUCAAGGAGCAGACACUAUUACAUCUUCGCAACAGAUUCUGUCCAGGCAGGAGUGAGACCUAUGCUGCCAAGCACAUGACCAAAGUUGUCUUUGAUUCCUUCUCUGCCGUCAGCACCUUCUCCACCUACUUCUACGACGUCUUCCAAUACUAUGACAAUGGUAUUGAGAUGUAA